AUGAAUUGGAAUCAUUUUCGAGAUAUUCUUAUUGAUGAAUUAUCUGUUGAAGGUCUCGAUGGUUGUACAUUCAAUCAUUUAUAUUCUAUUGUUAAACCAUUAUUUCUUUCUAUUAAUAAUCAAUUAUCAACUGAUAUUUAUCUUCGUUCAUAUAUAUGGAAAAUUCUUUUAUCAUGUUCAUGUAUUGAAUUAUAUGAAUUACCAGAAAAAAUUCAUACAAUAUCAUCAUCAAAUAAUCUUGCAAUUGAAAAUCUUGAAUUAAAUCAUCGUGGUUAUUCAUCAACAUAUAAUCAACGAAAAUUAAUAUUAAAUAAAUCUAAUUAUUUAAUACUUGAUAAUAUACAAAAUAUUGAUCGUAUACAUAUUGUUGUUGAACAAAAUGUUCGUGAAUUUCGUAUUAUACAAGGUCGAUAUGAUACAAAACAAUUAUUUAGUAAAUAUGAAUAUGCAUUACUUGAAUGUAUAUGUAAAACACGUUCAAAAGGUAUAUCAACAUCUGGUAAUGAUGGUUUAUCAAAAAUAUUUAAUAUUAAUAGUAAAUCAUUAUUUUAUUAUCUUAAACAAUUAAUAUCAUUAGAUAUAAUAAAAAAAUUAAAUUUAACACGACAAUUAAUUGGUACACUUAAACAACCAAUAUUAAUAAUGACACGUUAUAUAACAACAAAUGAUUAUUUAAAUUCAAAAUAUACAAUAAUUGAUCGUUUAAAAACAUAUUUAGAACAAUGUAAAAAUCAAUCAUGUGAAAGAAAUUAUUUAAAAACAUAUUUAUCAUUAGGUGAAAAAUCAUUUCGUUCAUUAAUGAGAAAAUGUAAACGUUUAAAUUUAAUUGAAAAAUAUAAUAAAACAAUGAAUGAAUAUGAUUUAAAAAAAUUUUUAAAUAAUGAAGAUGAUUCAUCAACAUUAAUAUCAAUAAAUAAUCGUAUACGUUUACGUUCAUAUACUUUUUUUCGUUUAAAAUCAAAUAAUAUAAAUAAAGAUGAUGAUGAAGAAAUUGCAUCAUCAAGUGAUGAUAAUGAACAAACAGAUGAAGAUGAUGAUGAUGAAGAUGUUAUUAUUGAUGAUAAUGAUAAUGUUGGUGGUGGUGAUGAUGAUGAUGAUGAUGAUUCAAAUAUGUUACCUUUAUCAGAAGCAUCAAGUCAAUUAGAUCAAAAAAAUCUUCGAUUAUAUAUUGAUCGACCAUAUCAUUUUCAAUAUUAUCAAUUAUUAGAACAAGUUAAACAUAUUGGUUUAUCACAAAGAGAUUUAGCAAAUAUAUGUCAUUUAUCAUUUUAUUCAGCAAGAUCAGAAAUUAAAUCAUUAACAAAAAAUAUGAAACAUAUUUCAUUGAAAAGUGUUCAACUUAAUCAAAAAGGAAAAAUUAUGGAAAAUAGAAUUGUAUUGAAAAAAUAUAUGCCAACAACAACAACAAAAGCAUCAACAUCAUCGACAAAUAAUAAUAUUCGACAACAGAUUAUUUCUAAAACACCACGUACUAAACGAAAGAAAUCGAAUAAUAAACAAAAAGAAUUUAUCGAAACAACACAAGCCGAAAGUCCAACAUCAUUGACAGAACCUUCAUCAAAUUCUACAUCUUUUAUCAAAUGUGAACCUAUUGAUGCUGAACAUCUUGACAAUGAACCAUUAUUAUCACGUCUUGUUUCAUCUGAAAUUAUAUGGCGUCCAUCAAUUCAAUCUGUACCAUUAAAUGAACCUCCAAAAAAAAAAUCAAAAACACGUGUUAAUCCAGUUAAACGUAUAAAUAUUAAACGUGAACAUCGUCUUGAUUUAAUACGUUCCUAUAUGAAUGAACAUCCUAUAUGUACAUUAACUGAUUUACGUGCUGCUAUUAUGUUAAGUGAACGUGAUGAAGGUUUAACAAUACAUAUGGAUCGUAAAACAUUAGAUAAAUUAGUUGAUGAACUUGAAAAAAUUCAUAAAUUUUUAUUUCGUUUUACAGCACGUAUAAAACAAUCACGAACAAUUAUUUGUUUAGCUAUGAAUACAAUUGAUAUAACACCUAAUUGUGAACGUAUACAACAAUUUAAAAUUGAAUUAUCACAAGAAACAAUUGAAGUACCAUCAUCAUCAUCAACAACAAAUAAAUCUAAACAACUAUCACGUAAAAAUUUAUUAAAUACAACAAAUGAUCAACAAGAUCAAAUUGUAGAAGAUAAUAAACAAUAUGAUGAUGAUUCAAAAAUAACAAUUGAUCAUUUAUUUAAUAAUGGUUUAGAAGAAGAAAAAAUAGCUUUAUUAAAAAAGAAACCAUUAGAAAAUAUAACUGGUUUUGGAAAUUGUUAUGGUUAUGUUUAUAAAUUUCAACGUUGUGCAAUUUUACAUAAAUUUCUUUUCUAUUUACUCUAUGGUUAUGAAGGAAAAAUUAAUAAUGAAAUAAUUGAGUCAACUAUUGAUAUAGAUCCACCACUUGUAUCAAAUGAUCCUGAAGUUCAAACAAUACUCGAUUCUAUUCCAACUACUCGUCGUUAUAUUGGAUCAAAUCAAGGUGCUAAUUGGAAAACAUUUGUACCACCAUUAGAUACUCGUGGUCGUUCAAUACCAUCAGGUUGUCUUUAUUUAGAUGAUUUUCUUAUGUGUAUGCCUGUAUCAAUAUUUCUUGCUAUUGUUUAUGUACCAUAUAAAGUUCCUGGUCUUAUGGAAUUACUUUCACAUCCAACAAAACGUUAUAUACUUGUACGAGAUCUACCAGCUGAAAUGCGUUAUCCACUUGUUGUUCGUCGUCAUUAUUUAUAUCGUAUAACUGAAGUAUUAAAAUAUUUAUCAACACUUGGUUUAAUAACAUUUGUUGAUCGACCAAUAAUAAGUCGUUUAGAAAAAUUAAAUACAUUAAUUUAUGUUCAUUCAAAAGCAUAUCUUAUUAAUACAAUAAAUCAAACAAAUAAUUCUAAUGAACCAAUUGAAAAUAUGUCAAAUUAUCCUAAACAAAUAUAUAAUUUUAUAUCAUUAACAAAUAUUAAUCGUUAUUGGUUUGAUUUAAUUGAAAUAGCAUUAAAUACAUAUCGUAUUAAAAUUUUUUCACGUAAACAAAAUCGUUCACAUAUAAUUGAUAUACUUAAACAAGCUAUUAAACCAAUAUCAAUAGAAAAUAUUAAUGAAAUUAAAAUUCCACUUGGUAAAACAAAUGGUCCAGCUGGUUUUGAUUAUGAUUUAUAUUUAUUUUUACGUAAAUCAUGGAAACUUCCAUAUAAUAAUAAACGUAUAUUAAAAUUACUUAAUCGUGAAGCAAAUCAUUGUUGUAUACCAGUUUGUGAAUUACGUGUACCUAUUGAUGUUGCACUUAAACGUUCAUAUACAAGACAUUUAGCACAAAAACGUAAAAAUAAUAUUCGUAAACGUGGUGCAAAUAUAUUAUCAUCAAAUUUUGAUACAAAUUUAAAUUCAUCAUUAACAACAACAACAACAACAUCAUCAUCAAUAUUUCAUAAAACAAAACGAAAUUUAAAUAUAUCAAUUAAAUUAUCACAUAAUAUUGAAAAUUAUGGUCAUUUAUCAAGAUAUAUUAUACCAUAUGAAUUAUUAAAUCAAAUACAAUUUAUUGAUAGACGUAAAAAAUUACUUUUUCAAUAUAUUAGAGAUAAAAAUAAAACAAUAUUAAAUCGUUAUAAUGAUAUUUUAUGUGAUAAAUCUAUGCAAAAAAAUAUUAAUCAAAGAAAUAAAAAGAAACAGAAAUUAAAUGAUGAACAAGAAUCUGAUGAUGAAGAACAAAUCAAUUCAACAGCUCUUCGUGUACGUUGGUCACCAAUAGAAGAACGUGUUAUAUCAUUAAUAAAUGCUUCACUUGCAUUUUAUUUACCUCGUAAACAACCUAAUACACCUGAUAUAUCUCAAGAUUCUAAUUCAAUUGGAAGUCGUCGUCCAGCUGCAUUUCUUCCAUUUAAUAAAGAAUUAUUUCGUGCAUGUCUUAUACGUAUUCUUCCUCGUUCAUCACGUACAAAAACUCCACAAAAUGUUGUACGAAAAAUAAAAAAUGAUAUGUCACAACAAACACGUUUAAUUCAAUUAGAACAUUUAUCUGUACUUUGUUCAACUGAUACAUAUUUAUUAACAUUUCGUAAUGAAGCUAAACGUUAUCUUAAACAACGAUAUCGUUCAAAUGAACAUUUUUUUCUUUUACUUUUCGAAAGAAUAUAUUAUAAAUUUCAAAAUUUUAUUCGAACUGGAUAUUUACAUUGUAUACCACAAGGUACAAUUGAAUAUUUACCUAAUACAAAAGAUGAACUUUUAAAACAAUAUAAAAUUAUUGGAAAACCAUCAACAAUAUUUCAAUUAUCAAAUCAACCUGAAUCAACGAAAUCAAUAUUAAGUUCAACAAUAAGUAUGGCAGCACAUAGUUCAUUAUUAUCAAAUGAACGUUCUGGUACAAUAAAAGCAUUUAUUCUUCAUUGUAUAUUUUCUCAAUAUCCUGAAUCAUUACUUAAUGAAAUUGUUUAUCGUUUAAUGCAUACAGAUGCUGUUAUAACAUUAACUAAAUCAAAUGAUAUACAACGAAAAAUAACAAGUGAAGCAUCAACAUUUUUAGCUGGUCGUGCAUAUCAUAUUAAUCAACGAUAUAUUUAUCGUUGGUAUACAUAUAUGCCAGCUAUUGUUCUUCAUGAAACAUAUUCAUGGAUAAAUGAAAAUAUAUUAUCAAAAAUUGAUAUUAAUAAUAUAAAAAAUGAAAUAAUUCUAACAAUUGAUAUUGAACAACAAAAUAAUGUUGCAAUAGCUGCAUCAUUUAUAACAUUUUUUGAUUCAAAUUAUUUUGAUAUAAAUUUAUCAUUACCUAAAAGUCUUGAUAAUGAACCUGAAAUGAUAAUAACAAAAUUAAAUAAAAAUAAUAAUAAUAAUGAUGAUGAUGAUGAUGAAUCAAAUACAGAUGAUGAUGAUAAUAAUGAUGAUGAACAUGAAAGAGUUUUUGAACAAGUUUUACAAAGUGCAAGACGUAUUGAUCAAACACGUUAUGAAAAUAUUAAUAAAAGAAAAUUUUCAAUAGAUAAUGAAAAUACAAAUAAAAAAUUAAAAGUAACAACCAAUGAAAAUGAUAUUUCUAUUUCUCGUACAAAAUCAUCUACAUCAAUUCGUUAUCAAUGUUCGGAAUGUUCAAAAUCAUUUUUAAAUCGAACAAGUCUUGUUCGUCAUCGUCAUCGUCAACAUGAACAACAUCAUCAAAUAAAAUCAAAUAAAUCAACAUUACGUCCAAAUUCAUCAACACAAAAUCCACUUGGACGUGGUCGUCAUGCAACUGAUACAUCAUCAUUAAGUUGUUGUUCAAUAAAUUUUAUUCUUUCAAAUGAAUUUCUUCAUGAACAAUAUCAACAUUUUUAUGUACAAAAAUCAUUAUAUACAAUUGAUAAAUUAAUUGAACGUUUUCCAUUAUAUUUUGCUGUUUAUGAUCAAGAACAACAAAUUGAAUUUAAUGAAAAUAAUUUAUUAUGUAAUACAAUACUUAAUUCACAUGAAUUUGGUUUAAAUUUUUAUCAAUUAUAUAAUAAAGUUAAAUUAUCAAUGACAUUUAGUGAAUGUUGUAAACAAUUACAUGAUUAUUUAAUAUCUGGAAUUAUAAUUGCUGCUGGAAGUCGAACACGUAUAUAUGUACAUCGAAAACAUGCACGUUCAUGGCUUAUUUAUUCAAUACGUUUUCGACAACAUGAUAAUAAUAAUAAUCUUGAAACAUUAUUAACAAGUGCUUUUGUUGAUUCAACUUCAUCUAUGACAACAAUGGAUACUGAAAUGAUACAAGAUAAUAGACAAAUAAAAUGUUUAAAUUUAUCGAAUAAUGAAAAUAUAAUUAAUAAUAAUAAUCAAUUGAUUUUGGAUCAAGCUGAACGUAUUGUUUUUGUUCCUCGUCCUUGGAAAUCAACUGAUGGUUCAAUAAAUUUUGCUGUUUUACAACGUAUGAUGGAAUCAUUACUAUUAUUUAUAAUUGAUCAUCCAGGUACAAAUCUUGAAUAUUUAUAUGAACAUUAUAAAUGUGUACUUCAACCAGUUGCUAUUAAUGAUUGUAUUGAAUUAUUUCAACAAAUGAAUUGUUUAGAAACUGUUCAAGUACCAUUAAAAAAGACAAUAGAAAAACAAAUAAAUCUUUAUUCAAAUGAAAAUACUGAUGAUGAAGAAGAACAUGAACAUCAACAUGAAGAAAAUAUUCAAUAUAAUACUGAUAAUGAUUUUGAACGUAUUUUAUUUAAAACAAAUUAUGAUUAUCAACAAACAACACUUUAUUGUUUUCCAACAUAUGAUUGUUUAGCAAAAUUUGGUGUUUCAUUUCCAUUAUCAUUAACUAAUCAACAACGAGGCAUUGAUCGAAUGCCAUUUCCUAGUUAUUAA